AUGCCUACCCGUUUGUCGAAGACCCGCAAGCACCGCGGCCACGUUUCCGCCGGUAAGGGACGUGUCGGAAAGCACCGCAAGCAUCCCGGUGGUCGUGGUCUUGCUGGUGGUCAGCACCACCACCGUACCAACAUGGACAAGUACCAUCCCGGUUACUUCGGUAAGGUUGGUAUGCGAUACUUCCACAAGCAGCAAGCCCACUUCUGGAAGCCCAUCAUCAACCUCGACAAGCUCUGGUCUCUCGUUCCCCAGGAGACCCGUGACGCCUACGUCAAGGGUGAGAAGAAGGACACCGUCCCCGUCCUCGACCUCCUCCCUCUUGGUUACUCCAAGGUCCUCGGAAAGGGCCGUCUCCCUGAGAUCCCUCUGGUCGUCCGCGCCCGCUGGGUCAGCCGCCUUGCUGAGGAGAAGAUCAAGCAGGCCGGUGGUGUCGUUGAGCUCGUCGCUUAA